GAGCGGACGAGAGGAGCCGCUUCAGUCUCUCCGCUCCUCGUCUCCGUGUCGGCUGCUCUUAGUUUCUCCUCCUCCUGGUUUUAUAAAGUUUUAACUACUUAACUUAUCUUUUAUUCAACAUGUCUUUUGCUCGCAGUCCUCUUCGUGUGAAGAACGAGAAGUCCCUCAGCGGUCAGAUGGACAACAUGUCUCUGGACAAAGAGAACACGCCACCGAGUCUGAGCGCGAGCCGCAUCUUGGCUUCAAAAACCGCGCGAAAAAUCUUCAGUGACGCGUCUGAAGCCGUGAAGAAGAGCCGCCCCGAGGAAGAGGAGGAGCCUCUCCUGAAGAACAACCCUCAUCGCUUCGUCAUCUUCCCCAUCCGGUACCACGACAUCUGGCAGAUGUACAAGAAGGCCGAGGCCUCCUUCUGGACCGCGGAGGAGGUGGAUCUGUCCAAAGACCUGCAGCACUGGGAGUCUCUGAAGGACGAGGAGAGGUUCUUCAUCUCUCACGUGUUGGCCUUCUUCGCCGCCAGCGACGGCAUUGUCAAUGAGAACCUGGUGGAGCGCUUCACUCAGGAGGUCCAGGUGACGGAGGCUCGCUGCUUCUAUGGGUUCCAGAUCGCCAUGGAGAACAUCCACUCAGAGAUGUACAGCCUCCUCAUCAACACCUACAUCAAGGAGCCCACCGAGAGAGAAUACCUGUUCAACGCCAUCGAGACUCUGCCGUGUGUGAAGAAGAAGGCUGACUGGGCGAUCAACUGGAUCGGCAACAAGGACGCCAACUUCGGAGAACGUGUGGUGGCCUUCUCCGCCGUGGAGGGAAUCUUCUUCUCUGGUUCCUUCGCCGCCAUCUUCUGGCUGAAGAAGAGAGGCCUGAUGCCCGGCCUGACCUUCUCCAACGAGCUCAUCAGCAGAGACGAGGUCAGUAGUGCUGGUUUCACUGUGGGGUGCUGGUCUCACUGUGUCCUGACCGGUCAGUAUGGAUUAUUGACCACGGGGGGUUGGUUCGCCUGUCGGAUCUACCGGGUGGAGAACCCCUUUGACUUCAUGGAGAACAUCUCUCUGGAGGGAAAGACCAACUUCUUUGAGAAGCGAGUGGGCGAGUACCAGAGGAUGGGCGUGAUGUCUGGAGGCUCAGACAGCACCUUCAGGCUGGACGCAGACUUCUGAGGA